CUCUCUACUUCACUCUGUUCUCUCUACUUCACUCUGUUUUCUCUUCCUGUUCUCUCUACUUCAAUCUGUUCUCUCUACUUCAAUCUGUUCUCUCUACUUCACUAUGUUCUCUCUACUUCACUCUGUUCUCUCUACUUCACUCUGUUCUCUCUACUUCACUCUGUUCUCUCUACUUCACUCUGUUUUCUCUUCCUGUUCUCUCUACUUCAAUCUGUUCUCUCUACUUCACUCUGUUUUCUCUCCCUGUUUUCUCUACUUCACCCUGUUUUCUCUACUUCACUCUGUUCUCUCUACUUCACCCUGUUUUCUCUACUUCACUCUGUUCUCUCUCCCUGUUCUCUCUACUUCACUCUGUUCUCUCUCCCUAUUCUCUCUACUUCACUCUGUUCUCUCUACUUCACUCUGCUCUCUCUCCCUGUUCUCUCUACUUUACCCUGUUCUCUCUACUUCACUCUGUUCUCUCUACUUCACUCUGUUCUCUCUACUUCACUCUGUUCUCUCUACUUCACUCUGUUCUCUCUCCCUAUUCUCUCUACUUCACUCUGUUCUCUCUACUUCACUCUGUUCUCUCUCCCUGUUCUCUCUACUUCACUCUGUUCUCUCUCCCUAUUCUCUCUACUUCACUCUGUUCUCUCUACUUCACUCUGCUCUCUCUCCCUGUUCUCUCUACUUUACCCUGUUUUCUCUACUUCACUCUGUUCUCUCUACUUCACUCUGUUCUCUCUACUUCACUCUGUUUUCUCUACUUCACUCUGUUUUCUCUUCCUGUUCUCUCUACUUCACUCUGUUCUCUCUACUUCACUCCUGUUCUCUCUCCCUGUUCUCUCUCCCUGUUCUCUCUACUUCACUCUGUUCUCUCUACUUCACCCUGUUCUCUCUACUUCACUCUGUUCUCUCUACUUUACCCUGUUCUCUCUACUUCACUCUGUUCUCUCUCCUCUCGGUUGACUCUUUUCUCUCUGUUCUCUCCUCUAUCAGGAGUACCAGAACUAUGGUUGGUGGAUCGGGGAGAUGAAGGGGUCUGUUGGCAUCGUUCCUAAAGAGUACCUCAUGGAGUUGUACGCCAUUUAAAGGCCUGAGUAGUGUUUUUGUGUUCUGUUUCAGGGCAUCUAAAUCCAAUCAUCUUCCAUGUGAGAUGCAUGGAAACAGACCAUAUCUGAAGAGGACACUGAACUAAGCAGCAAAGCCAACUGUCUGUAGCAAAAUGAAAAAUAUCAGAUGCAUGUCGUGUCCAUCUUGAUCUCGCUAAGCGCUUUAAGGAGUUGUCUCGGCAGAUUGAGUUCAGUAAACUGCUUUGGUUUCAUUUA